UAUAUUUGAAGUUGCUUGUCACUCCCUAAUUUCAGCAAGAACUUGUUCCAAAGAAUUGGAAAACCUCCUAAAGCAAGAAAAGCAAUGGAUUCUCUGUCUUCUGUAUCUCCUUCAAUCAUGCUACCACCUCCACCCCAUACUCUCAAACUUCCUCUCCACUUUCCCUUUCCUCCUCGGAUUCACAACCGCCCCUUUCUCUCUCCUCCUUUGUCUUCCGAUUCCUCGCUUUCGCAGCGGCGGAGGCGGCGCAAUGUUGGGGUGUUGCUAUCUAAAUCUUCCGACAACUCCGAUAGUGAAGCCGGAUUCAACGGUGAUGUCAAACGCGGUAGUGACGAUGAUAAUGAUGAUGUUGAGGUUGAUAAAGCUUUGCAGUUGGACGGAACUAUCCCCGGAACUUCAGAUGAGUUUGUCAAGCAGGUUUCGUCUCGUGCUUACGAUAUUCGCCGCCAUCUUCACCAAUCACUCGAUUCCAGCAGCUAUGACGUGCUGGAUGACAAUCCAUGGAGGGAAACUACAAAACCUGUGUAUGUCCUAACGCAGAAGGAAAACCAACUAUGCACAAUGAAAACUCGAAGGAACCGCAGUGAAGUUGAAAGGGAGCUUGGGUUAUUGUUUUCAAAGGGGCACAAAUUGAGCUCCGAAUUUGGAAGUCAGACCAAGCAGUCAAGAAGUGGCAAGAAGUUUCAAAUGGUCGUGGAGGACGUAAGGGAGGGAAUACUUAUAUUUGAAGACCAAAAUGAAGCGGUAAGAUACUGUGACCUAAUGCAAGGUGGGGGUCAAGGUUGUGAAGGUGUCGCUGAGAUAGAAGCAUCGUCUGUUUUUGACCUUUGCCGAAAAUCAAGAGCUCUGGCUGUUCUAUUCCGCAGAGGCAGGACUCCACCUCAACCUGAAAGCCUCCAACUUAACUUGAGAGCUCGGAAGCGGUCCCUUGAAGACUAACAUGGUUCAUCUCUGCAGCAUUGUAUAGAAAGACAGAGUUGAAAAUUGAACACGUAUACACAGGUUUCACAUCUGAAUCCUACAGAGCAAUAUAACAUAAUGUAGUACAAGUUAUACAGUGAUUAUAAUGUAUAUAGAAUACAGAACUAAAAGUCAUACUUCGUAUAUCAAUGUAAUUAUUUGAUGCUAUCUUCAUCGUCAA